AACCCUAAUUGAUGAUAAUGGCAGACCCUGGCUGUGACCCCACUCUCCGAAGGUGUCUCAGGAAGAGUUGCAUACACACUUGUACAUAUGUGAUAUCGACAAAUAUAAGUACUCACCAAAUAAUACUAACUAUUAUUAUUAUUAUUAUAAGCUCUAGUGUUCUUUUUUGGAAACUGCGUUUCCAUCAGUAGUGUGACACUUGUGAAGGGCAGAAUCAACAACCUCUGUAUCAUCAAGACAAUUGCUUUGUGAGAAAGCAUUAGCCAUGGAAGAUGUUAACCAAUGUUCUCAGUUAGUCAUUGUUAUGUAAAUGCCAGCUGAAAAGUACCAGUGGCCUGGCCUUGGCCCCAAGUCAGAGCAGGUCCACUGAGGCCAUGGCCCAGAGAGACACUGGAGCCAGGUCGUGGACGUGUAAACACAGAACUCGGAGACCUUUUGAUUAAACACUGCGCUAUGGCUGAAGAUGUCUCUGGACUCUGAUAAGGUGUGUGGGCUGCUGUCCCGGGACUCCAGGACCUCCUGUGUCUUCCAGGCUGCAGACGAGAAGGAUGACAUACCAGGGGUGGGGGAGGACAGUGUUUUGGAGAUGCUGAGCUAUUCUAAGUUCUCUGACCUGGAGACAUGGCUGUGCAUGCCCUCCACGCUGCUCCCCAGGGCCCUAGAGUCCACCCGCUCUACCUCUUCCUCAGGCUCCACCUCUACAGCACACCUCUCCACCUGCAGCGAGACUGGAGAGACAGACACACCACACAGACCUCUAGAUAGGGAGGCCAUGUUCCUGACCCCUGCACUGGGGCGGGAAAUCCCAUUCCUGGCCACACCCUUAGCCCCCAUCCUGUCCUCUACGCCGUGCAACAUAACCCCACAGGGCGGGGUCAGUGUCAGGAAGCGCAGGCGAUUGGCAGCCAGCCCCGGGGGACUACACUGGACCUCUACAGGCUCAGUGCAGCGGGACUUCGACAGAACAGAGCCAUCUCCCAUAUCAUCAGCCCAGGCCCCAGCCCCAGCACCGGCCCCGGGUGUGAGAAGCCUCCCCCUGGGUGAGACAGCAACAGCAGCGGGUGAGGGAGAGACAGCGGGUGAGCGGGCGGCUCUGAGGAAGACUGUAUCCGUUGACGACCGUCUGAUGCAGUCGGCGCCCAGAGAGCAGCAGCAGCACAGACUCCUCAGCAAGCUGGAGAGAGGCAAGAAGAAACUCAGGAACAUACAUAGUCUUGGAUCAACAGGCAGAUACGAGACCAGGAAGAACUCGGAGAGUAAGAUAUCUCGCCUGGCUCAGAGGUUGAACCAGAGACCAGGGGAUGCUCUGAUAAAGGACUUCAGACAGUUGCUCUACACGGGCUCACCACGCACGUCUCACAGCCUGGACAGGAACUUCUAUUCUGUCAGCAUGACUCAACAGAUGCAGAACCUGCAGCUGGCCCAAACCAGGAAGUGCUCGGGAGGCCCUGCCUCUCCCAGCGCUGCCAAGCGCCUGUACAGGAACCUAUCAGAGAAGCUCAAAGGUGGCCACUCCUCCUUUGAGGAGGCCUACUUCUUCGGCCGUGGAGACCGCCACGGUCAUCGCAAGGGCUCGAGCAUGCAAGGUAGUGAGUGUCUGUUUGAGGCGGUGGAGCAGCAGGAUCUAGAUGCUGUCCAGAUCCUUCUCUACCAGUACACAGCUGAGGAGCUGGACCUCGGCACACCUGACAGCCAAGGGUUAACACCGCUAGACAUCGCCAUCAUGACCAACAACACCCCCAUAGCCAAACUACUGCUGAAGGCCGGCGCCAAGGAGAGCCCUCACUUUGUAAGUGUGGAGAGUCGCGAGGCCCACCUCGGCAGCCUGGUCAUCGAAGCAGAGAGGAAGGCAGGGGAGCUGGCUGCCCAGGCCCAGAGAGAGGGUCUCAGCCUGGAGGCCUGUGACAAAGACAAGGAGCUCCGAGCCUGGGAGUGGAGGAGCAAGCUCUACAAACGCAUGAGGACUGGCUUCCAGCAUGCACGUGUGCCGGAGCCCCCGUCUGCAGUGGGUCUGUGUGUAACCAGUAGCUCCUCUCUCACAGUUACCUUCCAGGAACCCCACUGUCUCAAUUCUGCUGUGGUCACCAAGUACAGAGUGGAGUGGAGCUGUCUAAAAGAUUUCUCAUUGCUGGCCGGAGACAUGGUGUUGGAAAACCUACAAACUCUCAAGUGCACCGUCAACGGCCUUACCAUGGGGAGGCUGUACUAUGUUCAGGUGUCGGCCUACAACAUGAGGGGUUGGGGUCCACCUCAACAGUCUCUACCCCCCUCUGCUGCACCUUCCAACUGGAGGGAGAGUGAUGGUCGUGAGCCCAGGAGAAGAGGGCACAUAGAGGCUAUGGAGCGCUUGCUGCAACAGGUCCGCGCUACACACACACACUACAGCUGCGGAGACACAUCAAAGCUCCAGAACCCAAGCCGUAAGCAGUCCGUUUCCAGAAGUCUCAAGCACCUGUUUAACUCUUCAAACAAGUUCGUCAAGACACUCAAAAGGGGGGUUUACCUGGCGGCAGUGUUUUACCACAAAGACAGUGUUCUGGUGACCACAGAGGACCAGAUCCCUAUAGUGGAGGUGGAUGACUCCUAUGGCAGCUCUCUCAUGCAGGACUUCCUCUGGUUCACUAAGUUGUCAUGUAUGUGGGAGGAUGUGCGGUGGCUGAGACAGAGUAUGUCUGUCUCCAUGUCCUCCUCCUCCACUCUACAGGCCAGACAGAAGAUGCUGUCUGCCGCUGGGCAACUACAGAAUCUGUUAGGCACACACAACCUGGGGCGUGUCCACUACGAGCCCAUCAAGGAUCGUCAUGGUAAUGUAUUGUUAUUGACGAUCAGGGACAUGGAAAGCCAGUACUCCUUCUUCAAUGGGAAGUGGAUGCAGGUGUCCAAGCUACAGAGCCAGAGGAAGAGUCUGUCCACACCUGAAGAACCCUACGCGCUGGACAUACUGCUAAUAACCAUACAGGACAUCUUGGCCUACCAGAGGCGUAGCCAGCAUCGCCUGGUCCCAGGUCUGUACCUGGGCUACCUGAAGCUCAGCAGCUCUGUAGACCAGAUCAGGGUGCUGGUACCACAGAGGAUGCCCAACAUGCUGUGCCACGCGCGGAUACGAGACAACGCCAAUGUCUCCAGGGAGGAGUGGGACUGGCUGCAGAGACUGUCAACCCUAGAGGAUGGAGAGGAGAGACCGGCGAGAGAGAGAGAGGGAGCAGAUCAAAUGACAGACAGUAACACACCGCUCCUCUACUACGAGCUACAGACUUCCCUCAAGGCCCUGCUCAAACUCAUCAACCUACCUCUGCACCAGGCCAAGCACUUCCGUAUCUACACUCACGAGGUGUUGGAGUUGGGUCAUAAUGUUUCCUUUCUGCUGCUGCUGCCGGCGGCUGAAGAUGUGUGUACAGCUCCCGGACAGAGCAACCCCUACACUCCCCACUCCGGCUUUCUCAACCUCCCUCUACAAAUGUUUGAGCUGGGUACGUCUACACUGACCACGGCCUUCUGUUAAGCCCCUCAUCUUGUUGGAACAUCUACUUUCUCCCAUCUCUCCCUCCUCUAUCCCUGUGUACAUCUCUCCCUCCUCUAUC